AUGAUCGCUACAACUAUUCUCAACGGCGUCCUCGGCUUCGCCGCCCUCAUGGCUAUUCUCUUCUGCGCGGGAAACGUCGACAAUGCAGAGAUGAGCCCGACCGGGUACCCAUUCAUCGAAAUUUUCUACCAGGCGACAAACUCCAAUGGAGGUGCCACGGCUAUGGUGUGUGUCAUUCUGGCGUUAGUUUUCUUCGCAACGAUCAGUCUGAUCGCAACGGCUUCUCGCAUGACUUGGGCUUUUGCUCGAGAUAAUGGCCUUCCCGGAUCUAAUUGGCUUUCCAAAGUCGAACCUCGCUCGGCUCUGCCUCUCUACUCUAUUGGUAUCACAGUCAUCAUUAGUCUUCUUCUCGCCCUUAUCAACAUUGGAUCAUCCACGGCUUUCGACGCCAUCAUUUCCCUCAGCGUCAUGAGUGUGUUGGCUUCAUAUAUGAUGCCGAUUAUUUUGAUCCUUCGGCGACGUUUUCUCAAUCAAUCCAUCCGGUACGGACCAUGGAAACUGGGCCGGUGGGGAGCUUUGGCCAACAUCGUUGGUCUCGUGUACGCUGCCAUUGCCUUCUUCUUCUCCUUUUGGCCCGAGACUGCGAAGGUCACUGCGGUUGAUAUGAACUGGGCGUGUCUGGUCUGGGGCUUCGCUAUGUUGUUCUGCACAUUUUGGUACCUUGUGCGAGCACGGCACUAUUAUCAUGGGCCUAUUUGCGAGUUUGACUUGUCCUGA